AUUUGCCUAAACCUACAGAUAUCACCUUCUUGUCCAUAAACAUGAAGAAUGUUCUACAGUGGAAUCCACCAGAGGGUCUACACGGAGUUGAUGUUACUUACACUGUGCAGUAUUUCAUAUAUGGACAAAAGAAAUGGCUGAAUAAACCCGAAUGCAGAAAUAUCAAUAGAACCUUCUGUGAUCUUUCUGCUGAAACCUCCGACUACGAACACCAGUAUUAUGCCAAAGUGAAGGCCAUUUGGGAAACGAAUUGCUCCAAAUGGGCUGAAACUGGCCGAUUUUAUCCCUUUUUAGAAACACAAAUUGGGCCCCCAGGCGUUGCUCUGACUCCUGAUGAGAAGUCCAUUUCUAUUGUCCUGACGGCUCCAGAGAAGUGGAAGAAAAAUCCGGAAGACCGUGCUGUGUCCAUGCAACAGAUAUACUCCAACCUGAAGUACAAUGUGUCCGUGUACAACACUAAAUCCAAAAGAAUGUGGUCCCAGUACGUGACCAACCACACGCUGGUGCUCACCUGGCUGGAGCCGGCCACUCUGUACUGUGUGCACGUGGUGUCCUUCGUGCCGGGGCCGCCUCGCCCUGCUAAGCCUUCCGAGAAGCAGUGCAUCAGUACAUUGGAAGAUCAAACAUCAGCACUAAAGGUUAAAAUCAUCUUCUGGUAUGUUUUGCCAAUAUCUGUGGCCGUGUUUCUCUUUUCUGUGAUGGGAUAUUCCAUCUACCGAUAUAUCCACGUUGGCAAAGAGAAACACCCAGCAAAUUUGAUUUUGAUCUAUGGAAAUGAAGUUGACAAAAUAUUCUUUGUGCCUCCUGAAAAAAUCAUGAUUAAUUUUAUCACCCUCAACAUUCUGGAUGAUUCUAAAACUCCCCAGAAGGAUAUGAGUUUCCUGGAAGAAGGUAGGGAUGGAUUCAGCCUUAAGGAUUCAGAUCCCAGCUGGGAGCUGGCGUCCCAGCAGGAGGACUUGGAGGUGAAACACUUCGGGUAUGCAUCACACGUGGUGGAAAUUUUCUGUGACUCUGGGGAAAGCCCCAGAAGCCCUUCCCUAAUCCAGCAAGAGUCACUGAGCAGAACGAUACCCAGAGACCAAACUGUCAUGGAAGAUGAAUAUGAUAUAAAAAACAACAUUUGGUGGGAACACAGAGAUCAGAAGGAGGCAGCCAUACAAGGAAUGUCACUUACGCAACAGGUAGCUCUGGCAAACUUGGGUCCACAAACAUUACUGCAUCCGUAUACCCCUCAGCUUAGAGACUUGGAGCACCUGGCACAGGGGCAAAGAGACUCAGAAGAGGGGCCGGAGGAGGAGCCAUCGAUGACAGUGGUGGAUUGGGACCCUCGGACUGGCCGGCUGUGUAUACCUUCCUUACCUAGCUUUGACCAGGAGCCCAAAGGCUGUGAGCAUUCCAAGUGUGAUGAACCCAUGGAGGAAAGCCUGCUCUCCAGGCUCUUUGAAAAGCAGGCGGCCGACAAGACACCCGAAGAAGAGGAAGUCUAUCUCAUGCAGUUUAUGGAGGAAUGGGGAUUAUAUGUACAAAUGGAAAUCUAA